UUUUUGAAGAAAAGUUGUGUAUAAAAGGACAUUGUAAUUAGGUUUUCAAAACAUUUUCAAUUAAAAAAAUGAAUCCCCGUCUUCGAGUUUAUAUUUUUGCUGGUAUUUUCCUAUUUAUUGCACUUAUAAUAUUAAUUAAAAUAUUUUUCGAAGAAGAAAAGUUUGAUGUUCUUGUAGUUUCUCUAGACUCAAAAGAAAAAACCUCGAAAGAAUGCCUAUCAAAUCUCCAAUCAGUUUCUAUUCCGGUCCCAGCACUAAUCAUUGAUAAGACUGUCUUAAAAGCAAUCUACCAAGAAAAUUGUGAGCAUAUUUUUGAACGGAAAAUUAAGAUUGGUAUUGAUAAGAGAAAUUGGAAAUUGAUAGCGAAUCAUAAUGAAUCAUCAAUUUUCGAAUGUAUUCGGAUGGAAAAUAAGACGAGUAAUGAUUAUUUGCAAUUUGAUACACAACCUGCACGUGCUGUUCUGAAAAACUUCAACACAUUUUCCAUAGGGAAUCUUCAUAUCCCAAGUAAUAUCCCAUUGUUUCUCAAAAUGUGGGAACGAUCUGAAAUUCGGGGCUGCUUAAAUCUAAUUGUGCACAGAAAUAUGACAAAGAGUCAGCAGUUUAAUCACGGGAAAGAGGCAGCUGAGAAGCUCGCCGAGUUCAGGGACGUGCUUUUGACGUUCAAUAUGUUCGCUUUUUUGAAUGGAGGAACUUUGUUAGGUUGGUAUCGUGAAUGCGGUUUUAUACCUCACACUGCUGACAUUGACUUGGCAAUGUUCGCUGAAGAUUUUCACCCAGAAAUCACACAUUUCCUACUGUCUCGGACAUCUUCGUUUCAGCUAUUGCGAAGUCUAGGAAUGCUUAAUGACUCCUAUGAACUCACGGUGACCCCAAAAACCGGGUAUAUUGUGAAUAUGGAUUUAUUUUUGAUGUAUAAGGAUGUGCACAAAAACGGAAGUGUCAUCAAUUGGGUCGGCGGAGCAAGCAAUGACAUAAAAUACAAGUACACCUACCCGGCAUAUGAUCCCUGGUGUGCUGCAGAUCUUCACGGGCACCUAUUCUGGGUGACCUGUUCCCCACAGAAAAUGCUCGUGUUCGAGUACGGUAACCUAUGGUACGAAGACCACCCAAGUAGCCAAUACGACUGGCGGAGCACAGCAAAGAAUGUGAGAACGAACGGGCUGUGGAGUGAUGUGGAAUUGAAAAAUGUUUCCAAAUUAUAUUAAUUUCAUUCAUUUAUAGAUCUUAUAUGAAUUUCGUCAGACCUC